AGCCAUUCUAUUGGUUUAUCUCGAUCAUGUGAUUAGUCAAAAUGGCCGCGCCCGUGUUUGGAUAAAAAAAUUACUUCAGGCUACAUCUAAAUCUCAACAUGGCUGACAAAUUUGAAACCCUUGAACAAAACUUGGAAAUGUUUAUUGAGAACACACGUCAAAUAGGCAUUACAGUGAGUGAUUUUCAACCCCAAGGACAGAGUGUUCUUAACCAGAAACUACAGGGAAUGAUCUCCGGACUACAAGAUAUAGACAAGCUAAAAAGUCAACUUCAGGAUGUACAGGUUCCUCUUGAUGUAUUUGAAUACAUUGAUCAGGGUAGGAACCCACAGUUAUACACAAGGCACUGUAUGGAGAAGUCGCUAUCUAAGAAUGAAUCUGUGAAAGGGAAAAUUGAUGGAUUUAAAAAGUUUAAAGUUCUGUUGUUAUUAGAACUUAGUCAGGUAUUCCCUAAUGAAAUGGCGAAGUAUAGAGCUGUGAGGGGGGAUGAUCGACUAGCUUGA